AAAUGUUAAUUUUUAUUAAAUGAGAUCGACAUUAAACCCAAUCAAAUUUCAGUCGACUAUCAAAAGAAAAAAUUUAAAAAAGUUCUAUAAUUAGUUCGAAGUUCAAAACCCAAAACAAACUAUGCAUUUUCUUUGACUUUUUGAAAAAAGAAAAAGUCUUUACUUUUACAGUUUGCAGACAUCCAAACAGCCCGCUCUUUUUUAAAAUCUCAACAUACCUCCAUUGCUAAGAUUAAUUAAAGCUUCGAUAUUCCCAAUAAAAGGAAUAUAUUAGGUACAUUGAAACAGCCUCCCCUCUAAUCUCCCGUUACAGUAGACGUUACCGGAACCUCUAGCGGUUUCAAUCCUCUGUUUUACUCCCAACUACUUACCAUACUCCUCCACUUUAAGCGGUGGUACAUUUAAAACGAUCAGCGUUUUCACCUUGCAAAUGGGUUCAAAAAACCAAUCGAAAGAUCCAGAAAAGUGGGUCGUAUAAAAUUUUGAAGGGGAGGGAUGUAGAGGAUAAUCCAUGGGGUCCGACACGUUUAUAUGCCGCGCAGGGUAUUUCUCAGAACACGUGGUUUGAAAGAAUAUUUUGUCGGAUUCCUCCAUUUUAACGUCCUCUUGAAGGGAUUUGACUCUAAAAUCAGAAACUUGGCUACCCAAAACAGAGAAAAAGAGAGAGGGUUAUUGAGAUUGGCUGGUGGGUUUCACCGGAAAAGUCUUUGAGUUUCCGGCUGAAUGAUGAACCAGAAUUCAGAGGACUGCCUACCACCUGGCUGGACUGUGAAGGUCAAAGUGAGAAAGAGUGGCAAAAAGGAUAAGUAUUAUUUUGAACCCUCAAGUCAAAUGAGAUUUAAUUCUAGGGCAGAGGUGUUUAGAUACCUCAAAACUGCAGCAAUCUGUCAUCCUGAAUCUGAAGAGAGCAGAACUGUCGAGGAACCAAGGAACAAUGUGGAAGUUAAGAAGACAAUAGCAAAAGAUUUAUCCCCUGGAUGGAUCAGAGAAAUCACAGUAACGACGACUGCUAACAGGAUAAGAAGAGAUUCAUCUUACAUUGAUCCUGUAACUGGAAAUGCACUUCGCUCAAUAAGGGAUGUACAUCGAUAUCUAACAAGUGGCAAGGUGGGCCGAUCAGCACGUAAAUCAAGGAGCCAGAGAAACAGCAACAUUGAGUUUCAACAUGAUGAAAUCUCUGCAAGUGUUCUGAAGUCACCUGCUGUCUCUAAGAAAGAGAUGCUAGCUAUUGGCAAAGCAAGGAGACAGAUUAUAUGGAGUGGGAACUUAUCAGAACCUAGGGAAAUAGUGGAUGAUGAAGCUAUGUUUCCAAAUGCUACAAGUGUUGGAGAAAGCAUGCCUGUUCCGAAACCUGAUUCGAGUCGUGGGGGGAUAGGCGCUAAGUUAUGUUGCUCAACUCCAACAGAGGCAAAAGGUAUUGAGCAAUCAGCUGGAAAGAAUGAUUUUUCUGAAAUUGUAUUGACUCCAGAUAAAUCCAUUCAACACAAUUGCACUGCUGAAAAUGAGGCAACAAAGAAUGAGAGCAGAAAGAGACAAAGGAAAACUAAUAACAUAAACUUGCCUCGCCGUGCUUCAAAACGACUUGCAGGGCUCCAAGCUGAACCAGUGCUUGAAGUUAAAACAGGCCGCCAAGCACGUUCAGUUGCACGCGAGGAGCCUGAUAAGCAAGUAGCCAGUACAACUAAGUGGGCAGCAUCUCAAUGUCUUGAGAAUUCUGAUGUCAAGCAUGAAACUAAGAGCACAAUUGAUCCUCCUAAAAUUGACACAAGUCCAGAUUCAGGUGAAAAAAAACGUUUUUGUGUUGAUUUGUCCAUUCUGCCUAUGAAUGUUAUGAAGAUGAAAUCUGAGAAUGCAUAUGAGCAGCAGCCGAAAUGCAAUUCCUUUCUGUCUCCAGAGGAUGUUCUGGAAAAACAUGAAGGUGAGGUGGAAAUUGAAGAUAAGGCUGAUAUGAAAAAACAAGGCCCUCUUCUUAAACUGCCCGUGGAGGACUUAUUGACUGAUCCUUGCAUCGCAUUUGCAGUUAAAACACUUACGGGAGGUGUUUUUGAUGCAUCCAUAAGCUCAGAAGCAUCACUGAUGCAAAACAAUGUUGAUACUUCCACUGCUUUCACUCCAAAUGAGGGAAGAAACGUAGGAGCAGAAAACAAGCUUAAUGAGAAAGUGGCAUCUCCAGAACUUCCUGUUACUCGAGUAGGGAAAGUAAAAAAUAAAGAUGUUGAGAAGCUAGAAUCCACUCUGGAGUUGCCAGUUGGGGAAAUAUUGGCAGACCCUUGUAUAGAAUUUGCUAUUAAAACUCUAACUGGUGAAAUCCCACUUGAUAACAAUCCUGAUGUUGAGGAUUACUUUAACCAAUUUAGCACCUCGAAAACCGAAGGAACUAACGCAAAUGCCUCAGAUCAUCUUGGUACGGAUUAUUUCUACAAGACUAAUGUUAGCCAGAAGCAGCAGGUUAUUCAAGCACUUGAGGCAUCUCCUAGUAUUAACUUCCAAAGCUGUGGAACAGGUUUGCACCAACAAGAAAGAAACAGAAACGAGUUCCAAAGGCACUAAUACCAACGUUAUAAAAUGUACAGUUUUGGUUGGCAGCAUAGAAAAGAUAAAAUUUCCUUUUUGUUUACAAAGCCUUUUUGUUUUUUUUCCCCCCUGUUUUACUAGUUUUGUUAGUUGUGGUCAGCCAACCCUCCUUUGCCCGAGUUCUGCACCUUACCCCUGGGCAACAUAAUGUGCUGUAUGAUGCCUACAUAUAGGACUUGAUUUUGAUUUGGUUCUAAGUUACCC